AUGUUUUAGCAUUUUACUUGUGUUUUGAAGAGCUGUGCUGCAAAAAGGAUGUCAGUAAAACUCGCCGAAAUACUUCCACCUCCAUCUUCUACGUCAGAUGAAUGGUCAUCUGUUCGUCGCGACCCAUGGUUUCAAGGACGAGAAGAUGCCUUGAAAGAUGAUAAUAUUGGAGCCGUGAUACUGAAAGAGCCACCACCAUAUGGCAGAAGAAAUGGCUGGAUACCGAGGAGCGCAGAAGAUUUCGGUGAUGGUGGAGCAUUUCCCGAGAUACCUGUGGCUCAGUUCCCUUUAGGCAUGGGGAUAGAUUUGCGCAAGAAGGCUAGCAGCGAUAAGACAAUUGCGCUUCAGUGUGAUGCGGAAGGAAAGUUGAGGCAUGAUGCAAUUGCUCGGAUUGGACAUUCGAAGGAUAAAAUAAUCUAUACGAGACUGGCUGAUAUGAAGCCAAAAAUGUUAGAAGAAGAAGACGAAUCAUUCCAAAAGCCGGAUGAAGAAGCAAUUGCACAGCAAACUGAAGCUACUCGUUUGGCACUGGAGAAGAUUACUUCGACGAAGGUUGCAAGUGCUUUACCUGUUCUUCAUGCGCAGAAACCAGAUCCAGUACAAUACAUACGCUAUACACCAAGUCAGCAAGGUGGUGGACAUAACAGUGGCGCUCAGCAACGAAUUAUCCGUAUGGUCGAGGUACAGCAAGACCCAAUGGAACCUCCGAAAUUUAAGAUCAAUCAGAAGAUACCACGUGCUCCUCCAUCUCCACCAGCUCCAGUUAUGCAUUCGCCACCUCGCAAGACAACCGUGAAAGAACAAGCUGACUGGAAAAUUCCACCAUGCAUAUCGAAUUGGAAGAAUCCAAAAGGAUUUACUAUUGCACUGGAUAAGCGGUUGGCUGCUGAUGGAAGAGGCCUACAGCAGGUUCAUAUCAAUGAAAAUUUUGCCAAGUUAGCGGAAUCAUUGUAUCUGGCUGAUCGUACAGCUCGUGAAGCUGUCGAAACGCGUGCACAGAUGGAACGUCGUGUCGCUCAAAACAAGAAGGCUGAGCAGGAGGAGAAGAUGAGGGCCAUGGCUGCAAAAGCCAGGCAAGAACGUACUGUUCUUAAGAAAGCACAUGAAGAUGAUUCAUUAAAUCAAGAAGCUCGUGAACGUGAUCAAAUCAGGCGUGAUCGCUUAGAUGAACACCGUCGUGAAAGAAAUAUUGCACGAAAUAAUCCAGAUAAGUUGGAUAGGUUUAAGAAGAGUCGUGAACGGGAUAUCAGCGAGAAAAUUGCACUUGGUUUACCAGAUGCUCGAGCAAGACAUCACGAAACGCAGUUUGACCAACGACUCUUUGAUCAGUCUAAGGGAUUAGAUAGUGGUGGUAUUGAUGAUGAAACCUACAGCGCAUACGAUAAACCAUGGCGUGCUCAAGACAAUAUUCAGCAACACAUUUAUCGACCGAGCAAAAAUCUUGAUAAAGAUCUUUACGGUGAUGAUUUGGAUCGUAUAAUUAGUACUAAUCGAUUUGUUCCUGAUAAGGGAUUUAGCGGUGCCGAACCUGGAGCAGCACGAAAUGCGGGACCUGUCGAGUUCGAAAAGGAGGAGGAGGAUAUCUUCGGUCUUGGCCAGUUGCUACAGUCAGCUAAAGAAUCAGGCAAGGAGUUGAAAAAGAGAGCAGCUGAUGGCAGUGCUGAUGAAGGUUCAUCGUCAUUUAAGAAACGUCGGUGAAUAGUUUCUGUACGUUUAUAAAGUUUUUUUUAAUAGAAUGUUUCUGAUCUUUCUUCUAAUAUCUGUUGUGAAGUUUAUUGUUGAUUUCUGUUGUGAGACUGUAGUAAUUGUAUGCACAUUCAAGUGUACCUCAUUACACACAAUUUAGAACCACAUUAAUGUGGUGGGUUAGAAAGCACAUUUUCUGAUUUCCCUCCUUUUCUUAGAAAUUUUCAAAAAUGAAAUUUCUGAAGUUGUGUCAUACUUUGAAGAAGAAAAUAUAGGCAUCGAAGAAUCGAGGUUUACCUGUCAUAUAUACUUUCCACGCAUAUUUCAGUUUAC